GAGAACGAUUCGGUGUGUGUGUGCGUGUGUUUGUGUUUGCCGGCCGCUAUCGGCCAAGGAGAACUUUCCUCAAGUGAGACACGAUCCUACCAAGAUGACUGUUGCUGCUGGUGGUGUGCCUAGCAUGUCCUCCAAACUGUCUGUGUGCCUAUUACACUUUGUGUUAGCUGUGAUCUCUGGUUGGGCUCUGAAGCAAAGCAAUGGCCGAUACGCCUUGGCCGCUUAUGGUCUUUUCUUUGGACAUGCCGUAUUGUGUAUAUUGCGGCAUACUCAUCCCAAUCCCGGACAAGUGCAGCGUGUGGUGUGUGAUCAUUCACGACGCUUUGCUCCCGUGAUAUUUAUCACCCUGAUGAUUGGCGAAUUGCAAGAGAUCAUCAUGAGAAAUGAUCGACAUGGCUCAGGUGAUUGGCCCGUGGCUGCCGACUGGCCGUAUAUAGUAAUUGGCCUAUAUGCCAAUCUCCUCAUUGUGAUGACCCUCCGAUGUUUGUUUGGCCAUACCAAUCAGUCAUCAUUGGUUCGUUUGGAGGCCGCUAGCUUGGGUCUUUGUGUCGUUUGGAAUAUCUAUGGCCUGUGGCAUUUGGCUACCAGUGAGGAGAAUGAAUACGGCCAUUGGUCUCUGGGCAUGGCCAUUCAGGUGCUAUUGAAUCAUUUCGUUCUAUGGCGUCUUGCCCUGCACUUCAAUAUUACCCAACUGGAGGUUAGCACUGUGGGCAUGUGCUUCUCGGUGAUAUUUGCCUUAAAUGCUAGCCAAGAGUUAAUUGAUUCCCAAACUAGCAGCUGAGAGAUGAACAAAAACAAACGCAUAAACAAAAAUAUAUUGUAAUAAUAAUUGCACAA